CAGGUCUUCCCCAUAGUGAAUCAAGAAGAAUAAGUACUGUAUCAGAUUCUAAUCACAGUAAAUCAAAGAGAAUAAGUGCUGAACCAGAUUCUCAUCAAAGUGAAUCAAGAACAAGUGCUGUACCAGAUUCUCAUCACAGUGAACCAAGGAGAACAAGUGCUGUACCAGAUUCUCAUCAUAGUGAUUCAAGGAGAACAAGUGAUGUACCAGAUUCUCAUCACAGUGAUUCAAGGAGAACAAGUGUUGUACCAGAUUCUCAUCACAGUGAUUCAAGGAGAACAAGUGCUUUACCAGAUUCUCAUCAUGGUGAAUCAAGGAGAACAAGUGCUGUACCAGAUUCUCAUCACAGUGAACCAAGGAGAACAAGUGCUGUACCAGAUUCUCAUCACAGUGAUUCAAGGAGAACAAGUGCUGUACCAGAUUCUCAUCACAGUGAUUCAAGGAGAACAAGUGUUGUACCAGAUUCUCAUCACAGUGAUUCAAGGAGAACAAGUACUGUACCAGAAUCUCAUCACAGUGAAUCAAGGAGAACAAGUACUGUACCAGAUUCUCAUCACAGUGGACCAAGGAGAACAAGUGCUGUAUCAGAUUCUCAUCACAGUGAACCAAGAAGAACAAGUGCUGUACCAGAUUCUCAUUACAGUGAAUCAAGGAGACAGGGUGUUGCACCAGAUUAUCAUCACAGUGAUUCAAGGAGAACAAGUGCUGAACCAGAUUCUCAUCACAGUGAUUCAAGGAGAACAAGUGCUGUACCAGAUUCUCAUCAUGGUGAAUCAAGGAGAACAAGUGCUGUACCAGAUUCUCAUCACAGUGAACCAAGGAGAACAAGUGCUGUACCAGAUUCUCAUCACAGUGAUUCAAGGAGAACAAGUGCUGUACCAGAUUCUCCUCACAGUGAUUCAAGGAGAACAAGUGCUGUACCAGAUUCUCAUCACAGUGAUUCAAGGAGAACAAGUACUGUACCAGAAUCUCAUCACAGUGAAUCAAGGAGAACAAGUACUGUACCAGAUUCUCAUCACAGUGGACCAAGAAGAACAAGUGCUGUACCAGAUUCUCAUCACAGUGAACCAAGAAAAACAAGUGCCGUACCAGAUUCUCAUUACAGUGAAUCAAGGAGACCACGUGCUGUACCAGAUUCUCAUCACAUUGAAUCAAGAAGAACAAGUGUUGCACCAGAUUAUCAUCACAGUGAAUCAAGGAGAACACGUGCUGCACCAGAUUCUCAUCACAGUGAAUCAAG